UCAGAAACGUGGUUCGUGCGCGCGGUUCAUUCGCACGCGCUGAGGCAGGUAAUUAGAGUAGUGCUGAGUGCGUCUUGCGUAUGAAAAGUUGUCACUUUAAUGCCCUGCGUAUGUUACAAUUAGAAACUCUCUUAGUUUCUUCGUAUUUCGCCUGCAAACACAAAUAUUUCCACCACAGGCGCCUGAUAAUUUCGCUCACCUGUUGGUCUCUUCAGUCAUAAUGGCCACGCGCGUUCGACCGAGUAACAAACGGUGCACAGUCAUCGGGGGGUCUGGUUUCCUGGGCAGACAUUUGGUGGAGAAGCUUCUGGAGCGUGGCUACUCUGUCUCUGUGUUUGACAUCCGUCAGAGCUACGAGCUGCCCGGCGUCACCUUCCACCAGGGAGACCUCUGCGACAUACAGGCUCUGCUGCCAGCAAUGAAGGAUGUGGCCCUGGUCUUCCACUGUGCCUCCCCAGCCCCUGCCAGCGAUGACCGUGGGCUGUUUGAGAGGGUCAACAUUCAGGGCACACGCACCGUCAUUGAGGCCUGCAUGGAGGCAGGAGUACAGAAACUGGUCCUGACCAGCAGUGCCAGUGUGGUGUUUGAAGGGACAGACAUUAAGAAUGGGAGAGAGGAUCUACCAUACGCCAAGAAGCCGAUCGACUAUUACACAGAGACCAAGAUUGAGCAAGAAAAGCUGGUCCUCGAGGCUUGUGACAAGAAGAAGGGUUUACUCACAGUUGCCAUCCGGCCUCAUGGCAUCUUUGGCCCUCGGGACCCACAGCUGGUUCCUAUCCUGGUGGACACAGCUCGCAGGGGCAAGAUGAAAUUCAUCAUUGGUGAUGGGACCAAUCUUGUGGAUUUCACCUUUGUGGAGAACGUAGUUCAUGGUCACAUCCUGGCUGCUGAACGCUUGAGGCCGGACUCCCCCAUAUGUGGAAAACCAUACCACAUCACCAAUGACGAGCCAAUUAGAUUCUGGGACUUCAUGUCUGAGGUGCUGGUGGGUCUGGGAUAUGCUGCGCCCCGCUACCACCUCCCCUACUUUCUUGUGUACGGACUGGCCCUGCUGCUCUGGCUGCUGGCCCUGAUCCUGCGCCCCCUAGUGUCAUUUAAACCCACCUUUACACCAAUGAGAGUGGCUCUGGCUGGAACCCACCACUACUACAGCUGUGAGCGCGCCAAGCAGGACCUGGGCUAUAAACCAGUGGUCAGUCUGAAGGAUGGGAUAGCAUGCACAGUGCAGAGCUACCCUCAUCUCAGACAAGGUGCUUGAUGGUAGAGUGGAGGUGAAGACUGUACAGGUACACUCACUGAGCAGAGUGCCCUGAAUGGACAAUUUGAAAUGAGGGAACAGACAAUUUAUCCUUAUCCAAACCUUGCAGGAUUUAUGUGCCUUUUCAACUUUUAUGUACAAAUUUCUCCAGCAGAUGGCAGCAAAUGAUUUUGGUUUUGGUCAACACACUGCAGUUUGGUCUUCUCAAAGUUUUUAAGCACUUAGUCAACAGUAAAACCCCUGUUAAUAACGAGAUAAAUAUACUGAUCUUACACUGUAAAACUUGCAAUGACUUACAAAUAUUCCUGUUCCAUUUUCUUGGGUUUCUCUCAAGUGCUGUAUACCAAUUAAGAUGCUGCUGUUUAUGUCAAAAUACCUAAAUACAUUCCACUAAACCAAGAUUUUCACUAUAUUAUUUGAAUGAAAAUAGCUGUUUAAAGUUAUGGUUGGA